AGCAUUAAUGACCUAAUCGCAAAUCAAUGGAGUCAAGUUGGAUUGACAUUUUGAUCGAUAGGGCCAAGUCCAAGAUAGAUUCUAUCACCGAAAUCUGGACCUCCAUUGGUAUCGAGGGUCCGCUCCUCGAAGCUCGCAGGGAAACCCUGUCGGCGCAUCUGCUAUCAAUGUUGGACGCAAUGUAUGACGAAGAACUAGUCGCCAAGCGAUCGAUCUCAAACUCGAUCAAGAGUUUGAAGGUUCAAAUUGAAGAAUUAGAACUUGAACUUGGCUUUUCCCCCCAACGUCUUUCAGAAUCUUCAAGUUUGGUGCUCACCGAAAAGCACCUACAUGAUCGCUUCAAAAUUUUGGAGGAAAAAGCAGCCGUCAUAACGAAAACCUACGAAGCUCUUCGUAGGGAAGAAGAGUCAUUAGCUGCUAGGUUAGAUGAAUCAACUACCGUUAUCGUCUUUGCUCAUGCACCCAACCGUGACCAGUUACGUGCUUUGAAGCUAAAUAUUGAUAAUUUGACGUUAGAGAAGCGUGCUCGGCUUCUGAAACUCUCAGAACUCCGGCGCGAUAUAUUAAGCGCUGAUUCCGCGGCCAGUCUGUCACAUUUGUCAAAAUACGACCUAAUUUCUCGUCUGAAAGCGGAUGACGCACUGGAAGUCGUUUCGCUCUCCAAAAGUUUUCUGAAAGAGCUUGAAGAUCUCCGGAAUCACUGUGAAGUCAUACUGCAAGAAUUACGGCUACAGUGUGAUGCUGUGUCUGCUGACGUUGCAAAACUCGCCAAUCGGUUGAAUCUAGAACACUCUGAAUUCUUGGACCUUGAUCAACCGACAUCCUCACACUUUCUAACUCAGCUUCGCGCUGAGUUUGAGCGUUUAACGGAGUUGCGCCGUCAAAAUCUGUCGGUGUUUAUACAAAACUGCCGUGCUGAAUUGCAAGAGCUUUGGGACAUUUGCCUUCUGGGCGCCGACGAUCGUGAUGCGCUUCUGGUCUUGGACAACGGUGUGUACACCGAGGCUGUGCUCGAACGCCUGGAGGCCGAGAUUGCACGCUUACGAGAUUACUAUGAUAUACAUCGAGAUCUGUUUGAAACUCUGGACUCCUGGCAGACCGCGUUGUUAAACUUUCGGGAAGCUGAGCUCAAAAAGAAAGAUCCUGCGGUGCUCAAAAAUCGUGGUGGGAUUCUUUUAACCGUGGAAAAGCAAUACAAACAAUCCCAACGUGAUUUGAAGCGCUGUGACACGCUUAUUCAACAGCUGACCGAUGAUCCUCUGCACAAGAAUAUCAGUAUCCAUGGGAUGUCCGUAACAGCCUAUUUAGAUUCUGUUCGUCUACAGCACGAACAUUGUAAAGAGAAUAAGCGAAACCAACCCAAGGGACCGCAGUCGAAACGUAACGGGAAUACCCCUCGUACUCCGCUCACCAAACGGCCCGGGAACAAAGCAAUUCACAAUGAUAGUAAGCUUAGCAACGCUUUAUCGAAUCCCAAGAAGCCUCGACUAGAUGCAUCUGGGUUUCAUCCGUCGCCACUACCUAGCCAUCACUUUUGUAUUCUUCACAAAACAGGCUGUUCCAACCGGUACUCCAUCACAUCGGUUUCUCAUCCCUGGUGCUGGAGCUUCCAGAUCGGCUAGGAAACCCGGCGGCAUGACCUCGACGCCCAGAAACUCACGUGAAUUCCUGCUUUAAUAUUUUCUGACUGUACACUGUAUUUCUAACCUAUAUUUUAUGCGUUUGUAUCUUACAUCCUCGCACAAUCCGGUGCAUAUCAUAUAUCGUACAAAUGAA